AUGCAGUUUCUCUCUCUUUUAAUCCCGAUAGCCUACCUAGGCAUCCUAAUCGGCAGUCUCGCCACAUUUUCGCACCUCUACCGCCAACGGCAAAUCAAAUCCAAACUCAGACUCGCGCCUUACUUUCCUCCACACUCCGCCCGCAAUGUCUACCUCUCACUUCUACACCUGCAGGAUUCGUCCGAUGUCAAGGUCCCGGAAUCUGUUCUCCGCGCCGCACUGUUGGCCCGCGCCGUCGAAGACUGGCAACGUAUUCAGGAAAUCCGUACCCGUAAGCCUGCGCUGGCUCAACUCCUACAGCGCGGCGUUGUAGGCGACGAGAUCUUUCAACGCCUUCAGCGCGCAGAGACGGAGAUCGAACUCGAGGCCAAGGACGUCAUGAAUGAAGCGAACGCCCUGGCUCCGAACUGGGGCAAUUACAUCUUCCAAACCGCGAACGAGAUGGUGCUGAAUAAAAUCCUGAGGGACAAGCUGGAUAGCGUCAAAGCAACACUGCCUGCAGAACAGGAGGCCUGGGCUGCCCAGCGGGAGAGGUCAAGACGAGAACUCGAAGGCGAGGAGGCACAGGGACAACCACAACCAACCGAAAUAUCAUCGUCAGAAAAGGAGAAACCUCUAAAAGCAGGAAGUAGUGACGACGACGGUGUGAUGGUCGAGACGCCUGCUACCGAAGUAACCGCUGGGACGGGCGUCUCCACUGGUAAGAGCAAGAAGAAGAAGGGAAAGAAAUGA